UGUUGCUAUUCAAUUUGUGUAUUAAAUAAUUGAAUUUUUUUUUUUGCUUUUGUUUUCAAAAGUUGAUAAGAAGAAAAUUUUCGGUUUUCUUAUUGUAAACAAUAAAUCAUAAGAAUAUUUCGUUUAUCUUAAAAGGAAGGAAUACUGACUCGGGAACGUGUCGGUACUACAAAGAUAAAUGGAUUCAAAUCAAAAUUAUGGUAUCGAUCAAAAAAUUGAUUUAGAUACUAAAAUUCAGGUUUUGAGGGAACAUUUACUUAAAACUACAAUUGAAAACAGUCCAACCAUUGUUAAAAAUAUUUAUGAUGAGCAUCCAGCCGUGGCAUUAAUGAAGAAAAAACAAGUCUCCCUAUUCCGUAAAAAGUAUAAUUUGGUUAUCGAUUGUGCGAAUGGCGAAAAAAAUAAAAAUCCCGUUUUGACAUUUGAACAGGCAGCGUUCCCUGAAGAUAUCACAAAAGAAUUAGAAGAGUGUUAUAAUUUACCUACACCUAUUCAAAGUCAAACAUGGCCUUUUUUAAUGACAGGUCGAAAUCUAAUAGUUCAGUCUCCACCAGGAACUGGAAAAACAUUGGCUUAUGUUCUUCCUUGUAUUUUGCACGUCAUUUCUCAAGAUCGUCUCUAUUGCAUCAAUAGCCCUAUUGGUUUAAUUGUGACUCCUACAAGAGAACUAGCGAUUCAAGUUGGAUCUAUAGUGAUACAUUAUGCUUUAAAGUUUAAUUUACGUAGUUAUAUAUUGUAUGGGGGUAAUAAUAUAGAGAGACGCCAACAGUAUCCGAAAAAAGGGAUUGUUCAUAUUGUGGUGAGUAGUUUUCUUAAAAUUUCUACGAUAUGUACGUUCACUAAAAACAAAAAGAGAACAGAUUUUCACGAUUUCAGAAUGAACCGUGUAUCUUUUCUUGUUUUUGAUGGAAUCCCCAAUGAUAGUGUUAAAAGUAAAUUAUUAUAUAUUGAAGAGUAUAAGUGCAUUUCAAUAUCCGUACACCCUAAAUGCCAAAUUUCCGUAUGGAUCUCUGAUAAUAAAAUGCUUCAAAUAAAGGAAAUUAUAAUGGAAAUAUUACAAAAAUCGUUUUCUGCAAAAAAUUUUUGCUCUGUUUCCAUGAUGUGUGGAAACUACAUCAGUAAAAAUAUAUCCCAAUCUGUUUAUGUUCUUCACACAGUCAAAGAAAAACGAGAAAAGACGGCUUCUUUAUUACAGUAUUGGCGUAACUAUCAAAGUAUUAUCAGUGUCAAGAUUGAUGAAAUCGAUGCCUUAUAUGAUUUUUUAAACGCUCGUAAUAAAAAUAUGUCGUUUCAAAAAGUUCAUUCAAAACUGGAACAAUGUGAGAGAAAUUUGUUGUUUAAGGCCAUUCAAAGUUUUAAAUCCAAAUUAGUGAGUUGUUUGUUAACUACUAAGGGAAUUUUAAAAGGAAUUGAUCUUCCUAAUGCAACUCACAUUGUCAAUUAUAAUUGUCCAACUAAUCAUCAUGAAUACAAAUGCCUUAUUGGUAGCAUUGGUCGAGCUGAUCGAAAAGGUGUUGCUGUCACGUUGAUUCUCAAGGAUGACGUUAAAACAUGUUCCCUUUUCCUAAAAAAUAUUUUGAACUUUCUAAAAGAUGAAUACGUGCAGCCAAAACUUCGUGACCUUGUUUUACUUUCUUAUAAAAUAGAAAUGUCGAAAACAAGAAAAUUGCGCGCUAAACAAUUUUCGUCACACACAUUAACAAGCAAUCAGAGUCAGCUAGAUCAGAGAGCCAAAGUCAAUAAACCCCAAGAAGAAAAAUUACAGGAAGAAGUAUCGUAUCAAGAUAGUGAGAAUCAAAGGUAUUAAAGAUAAAAAAGAAACAGGGGAUAUUAUCGGAAUAAUUGCGAGAAAAAAGAGCAUUGACACAGAAGAAACUACAAGUAUAUUGAAAGAAAAAAAAAACAUAUUUAAAAAAGUAAUGUUACUUUUCACAAAAAUGCGAAAUAACCGCAUACUAAAGAGCAAAAAAAAACAAGAUUGAAAACUCGAAUGCAUACAGCAAUAGGGCUUGAAUGAAAACGUGAUUGCAAAAAGCAGAACCAUUGAGAAAAUAAUAGCGUAUUUCUCGUUGCCUCGG